AUGGCCACCGCCAGCCCACAGGACAAACAGGCGGCCAGCGAGGACUGGGGCUACACAGGAUCCAGUCUGUCUGAAUGGGGACUCCAUUGGCCGUAUGCGAACGGCGACCAACAAUCUCCGGUCAACAUCAAUUCCCGGACGGCUACCUUCGACGAGACGCUUGUGGAGCGCCCUCUGACGAUUAGCUACUGUCUCUGCAGGGAAUGGGAACUAAGUAACGAUGGCCACGCCGUUCAAGUGGUGCCAAAACCAAAGACUGCGACAUUUGAAAGCAGCGCCGCCUUCCGAGACAGUAGAUCGGAGCAAGUUCUAAAAUUAGUUACCUCAGGUGGACCACUACCGGAAGGCCAUGAGUUCGAGCUUUGCCACCUUCGCUUUCACUGGGGACGAGAGGACGACCGUGGGUCAGAGCAUACUGUUAACUUCAAGGCAUUUCCGAUGGAGCUUCACCUUUUACACUGGAACACGAGUUUAUAUUCUAACUUGGCGGACGCGAUGGGCAAGCGGGAUGGGAUAGUAAUCAUGUCCGUCAUCGUUCAGAUUGGCAGAGAAAAUGCGGGUGUAAAGAACUUUACGGAUCAUUUAGAAGACAUUCAAUACAAGGGGAAGUCCAAAACUAUUACCACAGCGUUUAAUCCUACCGUGUUUCUACCCGACCCUGCUCUGAGGGAAUACUGGACCUACGAAGGAUCUUUGACGUCACCACCCUGCUACGAAAACGUUCAGUGGAUCAUCUUCCGUUAUCCGCUCACCAUAUCUCACGUACAGAUGGAAGAGUUUCGCCGCUUGCGGUGCCAUGCCAAGGGCCAGCCCCCGCCUCCGGGAGAAGAGGGCAUGCUGUGUGACAACUUCAGACCAACACAACCCAUCAAGAGCAGAAUCAUCCGAGCGUCCUUCCAGUAACAGGUGUCAGACCUGGUACUCAUCAGGACUUCGCUAGAUGGCGUUUUCGAACCCCUGUCAUCAAUGUUCAGCUGGGAAAAUCGUUCAAACGAAAUCCGUAUCGUUUAGUAUAUGAUCACAGUGAUAUAUGUCAUUGUAGGUACACAGAGGAGGAUUUGUUUAUGUGAUUUUUUUAUGUGAUCUACGGUUUAUAUUGGCUGAUAUUGUGUUGUAUAUGAGUAUCACGCAAGUGGCAUUGUGUUGUAUAUGAGUAUCACUCAAGAACAACCAUACAAGCCAUAAAGGAAUAUGGUUAAAUGACAAACAAUUGCUAUGUGAGAUUAGGUGUUCAAGUACAUGUACAUUUUGUACUGCAAGGUAACAUUGGUUUCUUCUGAAGUAACAAUUGUGCAAUGUUAACCAACUGA